UAUUUAUGAAAAUAUCAACGAUGUCAUAUUAAAAAUAUAAAGAAAAAGAAAAUGGGUAUAUUACUAGCUUCGCUAGCCAACCUCAGACAUUGAUCUGGUAGCUAAACGCCGCCGCGAUGCACCUCGCCGGCGGCCUCGUCCUCUUUCUCCUCUUGAUUCUUCCCGAUGGAGCUCUCUCCGCCACCGCCACCGGGAGGGGAUGCCAACGCCGGUGCGGCGGUUUGGUUGUCCCCUACCCUCUCGGCUUCUCCGGUGACUGCCCGGUCCUGCUUUCCUGCGACGAGAGGAGCGGCUCCAAGGUGGCGGUGCUCCGGCGCCCGACCAACGGCUCGACGACGCCCUCGACGGGUCAGCAGUACACCGUCGUCGUCGACAAGCCGUUCGACUCGACCAACUCCUCAUUCGUCGUCUCCCUCCCGCCGUCGUGCGACCGGGACGUCCUCCGAGCGAGGCGGUGGCUCGCCGGCGCGAACUACGGCGUGACGUCGCGCAGCGGGCUGUUCGUCCGCGGCUGCCGGAACGCGGCGAGCACCAACUGCACCCUCCCUGCCGAGGCCAUGUCCACGAUGCUACGCACGGCGGCGUGCGGCGGCGCCGCCAGCAGCAACGGGACCCCGUCGUCCUCGGUGGCGUGCGUCGCGACGAUCUCGACGGAGGAGGAGAUGGCGAGGGGCGUGGGCCUGUUCGCGCGGUGGGACAAGGUCGACCAGCUCGGCUGCGAUCAGCUGCUGACGUCGGUGUACGCCGACACGCGGGAGGGGCGGUUCUCGCUGGAGUUCUCCAUGGCGGAGCUGGGGUGGUGGGUCAACGGGAACUGCAGCGCCGCCGCCGCCGCCGGCUCCGGCGGCGACAUCGACAAGGCCGGGCGGUGCGCGGCGAACGCGACGUGCCACGACGUGCAGACCCCGACCGGCGAGUGGGGCCACCGGUGCUCGUGCAAGGACGGGAUGGACGGCGACGGGUUCGCCGCCGGCGACGGGUGCUUCUUCGCCGCCAAGAGCUCCAGGAAGAAAAUUCUGAUGAUAGUUGGAGGUGUCUUGGCGGGAACGGUGGCGGCCGGGGUGCUCCUCCUCUGCUGCGCGCGUUGCCGGCGCUCCGCCGGCGGCGGCCGGUACGGCUCCGACCGGCUGGCGGCGAAGCGGCUGCUGUCGGAGGCGGCGUCGUCGAGCGGCGUGCCGGUGUACUCGUACCACGAGGUGACGCGCGCCACCAACUCCUUCUCCCACACGCACCGCCUCGGCACGGGCGCGUACGGCACGGUGUACGUCGGCAAGCUGCCGGCGAGCUCGCCGUCGCUGGUGGCGAUCAAGCGGCUCCGGCGCCGAUACGACGACGACGACGACACGGCCGUGGCGCUGCUGCUCAACGAGGUGAAGCUCAUCUCGUCGCUGAGCCACCCCAACCUGGUCCGCCUCCUCGGCUGCUGCCUCGACCGCGGUGAGCAGAUCCUCGUCUACGAGUUCGUCCCCAACGGCACGCUCGCCCACCACCUCGCCGGCGGGGGCCUCCCGUGGCGGGCGCGGCUCGGCGUGGCGGCGGAGACGGCGGCGGCGAUAGCCUACCUGCACUCCACGCGGCCGCCCAUCCUCCACCGCGACGUCAAGUCCAGCAACAUCCUCCUCGACGGCGACCUCCGCCCCAAGCUCGCCGACUUCGGCCUCUCCCGCGCCGUCCGCCUCGAGGCGUCGCUGUCGCACGUGUCCACGGCGCCGCAGGGCACGCCGGGGUACCUCGACCCGGAGUACCACCAGAACUUCCACCUCUCCGACAAGAGCGACGUCUACAGCUUCGGCGUCGUCCUCCUCGAGCUCAUCACCGCCAUGAAGGUCGUCGACUUCGCCCGCCCGGCGGCCGAGGUGAACCUCGCCUCCCUCGCGCUCGACCGCAUCGGGAAGGGCCGCGUCGACGACAUCGUCGACCCGGCGCUCGUCGACCGCGGCGACGAGUGGGUCAUGCUCUCCGUCCGCCACGUCAGCGAGCUCGCGUUCCGGUGCCUGGCGUUCCAGAAGGACGUCAGGCCGUGCAUGAGCGAGGUCGCCGCCGAGCUCAGCCGGAUCAGGGACGCCGCCCCGGCAUCCGUGCCGGGAGCCCGAACCGGAGCCAGCCGCCCUAUGAUGGUCGACAUCGGCUUCGACGGCGUGGACACCACGCCGGCGGCGGCGAAGAAGGCCGGGUCGCCGGUGUCGGUGCAGGACGUGUGGAUCAGCGACCAGAGCUCGCCGUCGACCAACGGCUCCAUGCCGCGCUUUGCUUAGCUCCUAAUUUAAUUUGUAAUUACAGAGGAAUACGAAUUUGAUGUGAAUUUGACAUUUUUUGAUGUGUCAAAAAAAUCAUAAUAUGUACUUAGCCGAGCUCUAGGAGAUGGCAAGUAUUUCAUGCCGAAUUGAAUA